AUGAUUUUAAUAGUGGUCGCAGUUCGCUCACAGACCUCACUGAAAUUGUACGAUCAUUUAGCAGUGAGAAAGGUUUGUUCUGGAUGGAUCCCGCAUCAUUUGACAAAUACUAAAAAAGAUGCUCGUGUCGAUUGGUGCACACAAAUGCUCAAGAAGUACAAUGACAGUGUUUCGAAUGACGUAUAUAAGAUUGUACCAGGUGAGGAAUCGUUUGAACCGGAACAUAAGCUGCAGUCGACUUUAUGGGUGUUUCAAGAUGAAUCAAAUCUAACAAAAGUUGUUCUCACUUGGAGUACUGCUUUACAAAUGGGCGCUUGUCUUUUCGGGAAAGCUGGUCAUGUGGCAGCUAUACAGAUAGCAUUACAGGAACGUAAAACAGUCAAUUCCAAAUAG